AUGUCACUGGCCAUGUGGAAAUGGACUUGCCUGGUUUCUCACCUCCUGCUAUCCACCACAGUGUCGCCUCUUGGUAGGCAGCAGCCACUCCACCCAAAGAGGCCCUUCAUCACUUUCACUGGCGACCAAGCAGAGGGGAACUUCAACCAUUUGGUGGUUGAUGAAAGAACGGGGCACAUUUACUUGGGAGCUGUCAACAGGAUCUACAAACUCUCCACUGACCUGAAGGUCCUGGUGACCCACCAGACUGGUCCUGAUGAAGAUAAUCCCAAGUGUUAUCCUCCCAGGAUAGUCCAAACCUGCAACGAACCCUUGACACCCACUAACAACGUAAACAAAAUGCUCCUCAUAGACUACAAGGAGAAUCGAUUGAUAGCCUGUGGGAGUCUUUACCAGGGCAUCUGCAAGCUUUUGAGGCUGGAUGACCUUUUCAAGCUGGGAGAGCCCUUCCACAAGAAGGAGCAUUAUCUCUCUGGGGUGAAUGAGAGUGGCUCUGUUUUUGGAGUCAUUGUUUCGUACAGCAACAUGGAUGACAAGUUGUUCAUUGCCACUGCUGUGGAUGGCAAACCUGAGUAUUUCCCCACUAUUUCCAGCAGAAAGCUCACUAAGAACUCCGAGGCAGAUGGGAUGUUUGCAUAUGUCUUUCAUGAUGAGUUUGUGGCCUCUAUGAUCAAGAUCCCCUCAGACACCUUUACCAUCAUCCCUGACUUUGAUAUCUACUACAUCUAUGGCUUCAGCAGUGGUAACUUUGUCUAUUUCCUGACUCUGCAGCCUGAGAUGAUCUCACCACCUGGCUCCACCACAAAGGAGCAGGUUUAUACCUCCAAGCUGGUCCGGCUUUGUAAGGAGGACACAGCCUUUAACUCCUAUGUUGAGGUGCCCAUUGGCUGUGAGAAGAACGGGGUGGAGUACCGGUUGCUGCAGGCAGCCUACUUGUCUAAGGCUGGAGCCAUCUUAGCGAGGUCUUUGGGUGUUGGCCCUGAGGAUGAUAUCCUCUUCACAGUCUUCUCCAAGGGGCAGAAAAGGAAGAUGAAGUCCUUGGAUGAGUCUGCUCUUUGUAUCUUCGUCCUGAAAAAGAUCAACGAUCGCAUCAAGGACAGACUGCAGUCCUGCUACAGGGGAGAGGGGACGUUAGAUCUGGCCUGGCUCAAAGUCAAGGACAUUCCCUGUAGCAGUGCGCUGUUAACAAUUGAUGACAAUUUCUGUGGCCUGGAUAUGAAUGCCCCCUUGGGAGUAUCAUCCAUGGUGCGAGGGCUCCCCAUUUUCACUGAGGAUGGUGACAGAAUGACAUCUGUGAUUGCCUACGUCUACAAGAACCACUCCCUGGCUUUUGUGGGCACCAAGAGUGGGAAGCUCAAGAAGAUCCGUGUGGACGGCACCACCAAGAACACACUGGAGUAUGAGAUUGUGCAGGUGGUGGAUACUGGCCCCGUAUUACGGGAUAUGGCCUUCUCAGUGGAUCACGAACACCUCUACAUCAUGUCUGAGAAGCAGCUCACUCGGGUGCCCGUGGAGUCGUGUAGCCAGUACGAGACCUGCAGCGAGUGCUUGGGCUCAGGAGACCCUCACUGUGGAUGGUGUGUUCUUCACAACACGUGCACGAGGAAGGAGCGGUGUGAGCGCUCCAGCGAGCCUCGGAGAUUCGCCUCGGAGAUGAAGCAGUGCGUCCGGCUUACCGUGCAUCCCAACAACAUCUCCGUCUCCCAGUACAACGUAUUGCUGGUCUUGGAGACCUACAAUGUCCCCGAGCUGUCAGCAGGAGUCAAUUGCACCUUCGAGGACCUUUCGGAGAUGGAUGGCUUGGUGGUGGGCAGUCAGAUCCAAUGCAUCUCACCAGCUGCCAAAGAGGUGCCCCAGAUCAUCACAGAGAACGGAGACCAUCACAUUGUGCAGCUUCAGCUCAAGUCCAAGGAAACGGGUAUGACCUUUGCCAGCACCAGCUUCGUCUUCUACAACUGCAGCGUCCACAACUCGUGUCUGUCAUGCGUGGAGAGCCCUUACCGGUGUCACUGGUGCAAGUACCGCCACGUCUGCACUCAUGAUCCCAGCUCCUGCUCCUUCCAGGAGGGACGAGUCAAGCUGCCCGAGGACUGUCCCCAGCUGCUGCAGGCAGAGAAGAUCCUGGUGCCGGUGGAAGUGAUCAAGCCGAUCACACUGAAGGCCAAGAACCUGCCCCAGCCACAAUCGGGCCAGCGAGGCUACGAGUGCAUCUUGAACAUCCAGGGCAAUGAGCAGCGGGUGCCCGCCUUGAGGUUCAACAGCUCCAGCGUGCAGUGCCAGAACACUUCGUAUUCAUACGAAGGGAUGGAGAUCAACAGCCUGCCGGUGGAGCUGACGGUCGUGUGGAAUGGGAAUUUCAACAUUGACAACCCAGCACAGAACAAAGUUCACCUGUACAAGUGCGGGGCUAUGCGGGACAGCUGUGGACUCUGCCUGAAAGCCGACCCGGACUUCGAGUGUGGCUGGUGUGAGGGGCAGAACCAGUGCACGCUGAAGCAGCACUGCCCAGCCCAGGACAGCCAGUGGCUGGAGUUGUCCAGCACCAAAGGCAAAUGCACCAACCCCAAGAUCACGGAUAUCAAUCCAGUGACGGGCCCUCGUGAAGGAGGGACCAAAGUGACCAUCCGUGGGGAGAAUCUGGGUCUGGAGUUCAGAGAUAUUGCGUCUCACGUCAAAGUGGCCGGAGUGGAGUGCAAACCACUGGUGGAAGGGUACAUCCCAGCAGAGCAGAUAGUAUGUGAGAUGGGGGAGGCCAAGCCCAGCCAGCAUGCCGGAUUCGUGGAAAUCUGCGUGGCCGAGUGUAAACCAGAGUUCAUGGCCAGGUCUUCACAGCUCUACUACUUUAUGACUCUGACACUCUCUGAUCUCAAGCCGAAGCGGGGACCAGUGUCAGGUGGCACCCAGGUGACAAUUACAGGCAACAACCUCAAUGCAGGCAGCAAUGUCAUCGUGACAUUUGGACGACAACCCUGCCUCUUCUACAGGAGAUCCACCAAGCACAUUGUCUGUAACACCACUGCCUCAGAUGAAGGCUUUGAGAAGGUGAAGGUUUCCGUGAGAGUGGACAAGGCCAAGAUACAUCAAGAGUUGCAGUAUGAAUAUGUAGAGGAUCCAACCAUCCUGAGGAUCGAGCCUGAGUGGAGCAUCUUCAGCGGCAACACACCCAUUGCAGUGUGGGGAACUCACCUAGACCUGAUCCAAAACCCUCAGAUCCGGGCAAAGCACGGUGGAAAGGAACACGUCAACAACUGCGAGGUGCAGAACAGCACGGAGAUGACCUGCCAGGCUCCAGCGCUGGCUGUUGACCCCAAUCACCAGUCUGAGCUCGCUGAGCGUCCAGAGGAGUUUGGCUUCAUUCUUGACAACGUGCAGUCCCUGCUGAUUCUCAACAAAACCAACUUCACCUACUACCCAAACCCAAUCUUUGAGGUUUUCAAUCCCUCAGGGAUCCUGGAGCUGAAGCCGGGCAGUCCCAUCAUACUGAAGGGCAAGAACCUGAUCCCACCAGUGGCAGGAGGAAAUGCCAAGCUGAACUACACCGUUUUGGUUGGUGAGAAGCCCUGUGCAGUGACCGUAUCAGAUGUGCAGCUACUGUGUGAGUCCCCAAACCUCAUUGGACGGCACAAGGUGAUGGCUCGUGUAGGAGGGAUGGAGUUCUCCCCAGGGAUGGUCUACAUCUCUCCAGACAGCCCUCUCAGCUUGCCAGCUAUUGUCAGCAUUGCAGUGGCCGGUGGCCUGCUCAUCAUCUUCAUCGUGGCUGUGUUGAUUGCGUACAAGCGUAAAUCCAGAGAAAGCGACCUCACCCUCAAGCGUCUGCAGAUGCAGAUGGACAACCUGGAGUCCAGGGUGGCACUGGAGUGCAAAGAAGCCUUUGCAGAGCUACAGACAGAUAUUCACGAACUGACAAGCGAUCUGGAUGGAGCUGGGAUCCCCUUCCUCGAUUACCGAACCUAUACCAUGAGGGUGCUUUUCCCUGGCAUUGAAGACCAUCCAGUCCUGAGGGAUCUGGAGGUCCCUGGCUAUAGGCAGGAACGGGUGGAGAAAGGCCUGAAGCUUUUUGCCCAGCUCAUCAACAACAAGGUUUUCCUGCUGUCCUUCAUCCGUACACUGGAGUCCCAGCGCAGCUUCUCCAUGCGGGAUCGUGGUAAUGUGGCCUCGCUGAUCAUGACAGUGCUGCAGAGCAAGCUGGAGUACGCUACUGAUGUCCUCAAACAGCUCUUGGCCGACCUCAUAGACAAAAAUCUGGAGAGCAAGAACCACCCCAAGCUGCUGCUCCGGAGGACAGAGUCUGUGGCUGAGAAAAUGCUCACCAACUGGUUCACCUUCCUUCUGUACAAGUUCCUCAAGGAGUGUGCUGGCGAACCUCUGUUCUCCCUCUUCUGUGCCAUCAAGCAGCAGAUGGAGAAGGGUCCCAUCGACUCCAUCACUGGGGAGGCCCGGUACUCACUGAGUGAGGACAAGCUUAUCCGACAGCAGAUUGAUUACAAGACACUGGUCCUGAGCUGCGUGAACCCCGACAACGUGAACAGCCCUGAGAUCCCGGUGAAGAUCCUGAAUUGUGACACCAUCACGCAGGUCAAGGAGAAAAUCCUCGAUGCCAUCUUCAAGAACGUGCCCUGCUCCCACCGGCCUAAAGCUGCUGAUAUGGACUUGGAGUGGCGGCAAGCAAGCGGGGCAAGGAUGAUCCUUCAGGAUGAAGACAUCACAACCAAGAUAGAGAAUGACUGGAAGAGACUCAACACGCUGGCACAUUAUCAGGUGCCAGAUGGAUCUGUGGUAGCUUUAGUCUCCAAGCAAGUCACUGCCUACAAUGCAGUCAACAACUCCACGGUCUCCCGGACCUCAGCCAGCAAGUACGAAAACAUGAUCCGUUACACAGGCAGCCCGGAUAGCCUCCGUUCCCGCACCCCCAUGAUCACCCCUGACCUUGAGAGUGGAGUCAAGAUGUGGCACUUGGUGAAGAACCAUGAGCAUGGUGACCAAAAAGAGGGUGACCGGGGCAGCAAGAUGGUUUCUGAGAUCUACCUGACGAGGCUACUUGCCACCAAGGGCACCCUACAGAAAUUUGUAGACGACCUUUUUGAGACCAUCUUCAGCACUGCUCACCGUGGCAGUGCACUUCCCCUAGCUAUCAAAUACAUGUUCGACUUCCUGGAUGAGCAGGCUGACAAGCACAACAUCCAUGACCCCCACGUGCGGCACACCUGGAAGAGCAAUUGCCUGCCGUUACGGUUCUGGGUUAACAUGAUCAAGAACCCACAGUUCGUCUUUGACAUCCACAAGAACAGCAUCACAGACGCCUGCCUUUCUGUAGUGGCUCAGACUUUCAUGGACUCCUGUUCAACCUCAGAGCACCGUCUGGGCAAAGACUCACCCUCCAACAAGCUUCUCUAUGCCAAGGACAUCCCCAGCUACAAGAAUUGGGUGGAAAGGUACUAUUCAGACAUUGCCAAAAUGCCAGCAAUCAGUGACCAGGACAUGAAUGCAUACUUGGCUGAGCAGUCUCGCAUGCAUAUGAACGAGUUCAACACCAUGAGUGCGCUCUCAGAGAUAUACUCCUACGUUGGCAAGUACAGCGAGGAGAUUCUCGGAGCCCUUGAUCAAGAUGACCAGGCUGGGAAACAGAAACUUGCCUACAAACUUGAACAAGUCAUAACCCUCAUGAGCAUAGACAGCUGA